UUUUCUGUAGUCUAUUUUUUAUAUAUUUUUUAUAAUGUUUUCAUCUUUAAAACACUGCUUUAGUUUACAUUAGAAUGCACAUGUAAUACAUUUAAUACAAACACUUCAUAUGGUUUGGCCAAAAAAAUGGAAGUAAAAGUGCUGAGUCACACCUAACAUGUUUUGCACACGACUCUUAACACAAAACCAAGAAACUACUUUUCAAGCGAGUGUCUCUCACUGUCUGUAUGUAUGUUAGUGAAACAUGGCAGAAGCUCAUGUUUUUAAGGACAAGUUCAGUUGUUCAGUGUGUUUGGAUCUCCUGAAGGAUCCAGUGACCAUUCCCUGUGGACACAGUUACUGUAUGAUCUGUAUUACAAACUGCUGGGAGCAGAAUGAUCAGAUGGGAAUCUACAGCUGCCCUCAAUGCAGACAAACCUUCACACCAAGACCUGUUUUAUAUAAAAGUGUGAUGAUUGCUGAAAUGGUGGAGGAUCUGAAGAAGACAAAACUUCAGACUGCUGUUCCUGCUGACUCUUAUGCUGAAGCUGGAGAUGUGGAGUGUGACGCCUGUACUGAGAGAAAAUACAAAGCUGUCAAGUCCUGUCUGGAGUGUCUGAAGUCUUACUGUCAAAAUCAUCUUAAACAACAUGAACAUCUCUUCAAUGACAGGAAACAUCAUUUGAUGAAUCCCACCAGACAACUUCAUGAUAUGAUCUGCUCAAAACAUAAUAAACAACUCGAAAUCUACUGUCGCACCGACCAACACUGCAUUUGUUAUCUGUGUACGAUGGACGAACAUAAAAACCAUGAUACUGUGACAGCUGUAGCAGAAAGAACUGAGAAACAGAGGGUUUUGGGAGAGCGACAGAUAAAAUUACAUCAGAUAAUUGAUGAGAGAGAGAAGGAGCUUCAGGAGCUGAGAGAGGCUGUGGACUCUCAUGCGCGCUCUGCACAGACAGCAGUGGAGGACAGUGAGAGGAUCUUUACUGAACUGAUCCGAUCCAUUGAGAGAAGACGAUCUGAGGUGAUACAACUGAUCAGGGAUCAGGAAAAGACUGCAGUGAGUCGAGCUGAAGGAGUCAUGAAGCGUCUGGAGCAGGAGAUUGAUGAUCUGAAGAGGAGAGACGCUGAACUGAAGCAGUUUUCACAUACAGACAAUCACAUCCAUUUCCUACAGGGUUUUCAGUCUCUGUCUACAGCUCUUGAGUCUUCAGUCUCACACAGAUUUACUCUCAGCUCUUUACUCUCUUUUGAUGAUGUGAGAAAAUCUCUCUCUCAACUGAAAGACAAACUGGAGGAUUUCUGUAGAGAGGAGAUAUCUGGUGAAGUUACAUAUAUCUCAGUUAUUUCAGAUGAACUGAAGACCAGGGAGGAUUUCUUACAAUAUUUCAAGCAGUUCACACAGGAUUCAAACACAGUUCAUGAAAACAUUCAGCUGUCUGAUGGGAACAGAACGGCUACUAACACUGACACAGUCCAUCAGUAUCCUGAUCAUCCAGACAGAUUUGAUCAGCGGUGUCAGGUGUUGUGUAAAGAGAGUUUUUGUGGACGCUGUUACUGGGAGGUUGAGUGGAGUGGUCAGGUGUUUAUAUCAGUGUCAUAUAAGAGCAUCAGCAGGAAGGGAAGGGGUCAUGAGUGUGUGUUUGGAUUUAAUGAUCAGUCCUGGAGUUUGAUUUGCAAAGACUCCAGCUGCUCAUUCAGGCACAAUAAAAAACGCACUGAUCUCCCUGUAGUGUUGAGCUCCUGUAGAAUAGGAGUGUAUGUGGAUCACAGUAAAGGAUCUCUGUCCUUCUACAGCGUCACUGAUACAAUGAACCUCAUACACAGAGUCAACACCACAUUCACUAAACCACUUUAUCCUGGGUUUUGGAUCAUUUCAGGUUCAGUGAAGUUAUGUAAUCCAGCAGUGUAGAUGACAUGAAGAUUCUCAGUAAUGCUUUAAACUUUAACUAAAGAAAAGAAAGAGAAACAAUUCCCUGCCAGUGACACUGAAGAGUAAAUCUAUUAUCCAAUAGACUGCACUCUUAGCCAAUUUAUAAAAAAAACGGAAUCAAACGAAUUGUUUUGAUAAUCCGUGUAUGUUCUGAUCAUCGUUCUGAAUCUGAUCUCUAACAAAAUUCCUUUACAAAAAUGCAAUUAUUUCAGCUUUUUGCUGAAAAUUUGGUAUUUUUCAAGACACCUAUACCCAUAUUUAAGAGAACAAACGAAGAUAGGAUAAAAGUUUUUUUAUUUGUUUGUUUGAAAGCAGAGGGUCUGUUCUUUCAUUUGAUAUAUUUGUAAAAAAAAUGAUAUAUUUGUAUGUUUAUAUAUUUAUAGAAGACAAUUUUUGUGGAAGGCAUUUUGUAAAACUUUUGUGAAAAUCAGCCUAAAAAAAAGGCUGACGGGGAAUGAGAUUAUUUUAAUAAUUAAUAAUGUUCAAUUCAAGGUUGUAGUGGUGAUUGGGAUUUUUUUAAAUCUGAAAAUGAAGAAGUGAGUAUUAAACACACAGACACAGUCCUGUAUAUAUAAAUGAUGUUCUUGAUCUAGUACAGUGAUUAUAAUCGAGUAAAGUGAGUGUAGGAACAAACUUCAACCAACAGAGGGAAGCAGUAGAUAAUAAAUAUAAAACAGCAUUAUUUUAUUCAUUUAUACCUCUGUGACAUUUACAUAAUGUAUACAAAUCCUCUAUGACAAAACACUGAGUCCUGUUCUGUUUUUGGCUUUAUCCUCUUAUUUAUUUACAGACAACACUGAGAUACAAAUUAAACAACUGUUUGUAUUUGAUGACCUGUUUGGGUCACAUUUUGACUGUAAGUUGUGUUUUUAACUUGUGUAUGUUUAAACUUUAUUAACUUGAAUGCAUUUUAACUUGAUCUUGAACUACAUCACACUUGAUGAACAAUUUGCCCCAAAUGUUAUGAUCCAUUUGGUUGUAAUGUUGUGAUUCUUCCAGCAACAACUGAAAUAAAUUAUAAUAAUGUAUAAUGUACAAUACAUAUCUAUUAAUAUUUUAGAGUAUAUGCUAUUAAAUAAUUUCACCGUACAAUCAAACUAAAAUCAAUGUUUUGAUUUAAUAUCAAUAAAAAUUUUGCAAACUGUUGUCAAUGACUUCUGAGGCACUAGCGACACCACACGGAUUACACAGAGAGAUGUUAGGUGCGAAUACUCUGAUGUCAUACUCUGAUCUGUCUGCGCAGCUCUGCGUGAAGUCGAACACACCUUUUGAACUGCGGUUCUAGGAUACAGCUAAGGCCUAAAUCCCGUAAAAUGUUGGGUUUAGGGUUAGGUUUGGGUGAAACGGUGUUACGAUGAAACACAAAAAACCGGCACCCGGCUAGAGUUCAUGAGAUUUUGUCCAUCAGCUGUAGCCUUUCUAGCCACAACCGACUGCGAAAGUACGC